GCCACCGCCGCCGUUGCCGCCACGACCGCUGGCGGUCAACCAACGGCGGGGGUGGUGGUAAUACGGCGGUGGCCCUGAAUAAUCCGACCGCCGUCAAGCUGGGCGUUAUGGACGUCCCGAAGGCCCUGCAGGACGGCGAGAAGUUCAUCAAGUGGGACGAGGACUCGUGCAACGGUACGCCGGUGACGCUGCGGGUCGAUGUCAAGGGCUUCUUUCUGUACUGGGUGGAUCAGAACCACGAGAUGGACAUGCUGGACAUUGCCACCAUUCGCGACGUUCGCACCGGACAGUACGCCAAGAAGCCGAGGGACAUGAAGCUGCGCCAGAUCGUGACGAUGGGCUCGCAGGACACGCUCGAGGAGAAAACCGUCACCGUGUGCUACGGGGCCGACUUUGUCAACGUCAACUUUAUCAACUUUUGCUGUACGCGCAAGGAAAUUGCUCGGCUGUGGUGCGACGAGCUGAUCCGGAUGGCGUACAACUUGACCCAGCUGAACGGUCCGGCGAUCAUGUUUCUCCAGAAGGCGUACACCAAACUUUGCCUGCAGGUCGACAAGAGUGGCAAGAUUCCGGUAAAGAACAUCAUCAAAACGUUCGCCACGAACAAGGACGACCGGCGGCGGGUGGAGAAAGCGCUGGACGUGUCGGGGCUGCCGUCCGGGAAAGGCGAUACCCUCGCGCUGACCAAGUUCCAGUUUGAGGACUUUUUUAAUCUGUACAAAAACCUUUCCCAGCGCACCGAGGUGGAGAAGGUGUACGAUGAGCUUGUCGGUACUUCUAAGCGACGGCUGAUGUCAACGUCGCAGCUAGUCGAUUUUCUCAACAAAACCCAGCGGGAUCCGAGGCUGAACGAGAUCCUGCACCCGUACGCCAACACGGCCCGGGCCCGCGAUCUCAUCCAGGAGUACGAGCCGAACAAGUUUAACGCCCAGAAGGGACAGCUCAGCUUCGACGGUUUCCUGAGGUAUCUGAUGUCCGAGGAUAAUCCCAUCAUGGCGGCGAGUAAGCUGGACCUGUCGGACGAUAUGGAUCAACCAAUGGCGCACUACUUCAUCAACUCGUCCCACAACACCUACCUGACCGGGCAUCAGCUGACGGGCAAAAGUUCGGUCGAAAUCUAUCGUCAAAGUUUGUUGGCCGGUUGCCGCUGUGUGGAGCUCGAUUUCUGGAACGGACGCACUGAGGAGCCGGUGAUCGUGCACGGCUACACCUUCGUGCCGGAGAUCUGCGCCAAGGACGUGCUGGAAGCGAUUGCCGAGACCGCCUUCAAGACGUCCGAAUUUCCUGUGAUACUAAGCUUCGAGAAUCACUGCAACCCGAGGCAACAGGCGAAGAUAGCAAACUACUGUCGGGAAAUAUUCGGCGACAUGCUGCUGGACCGGCCGCUCGACUCCCACCCGCUCGAAUCGAACGUCGAGCUGCCGCCGCCCGCCCUGCUGAAGCGCAAGAUUAUAAUUAAAAACAAGAAAAAACAUCACCACCAUCACCAUCAUCACCAUAAAAAGGCGGCCACCGUUGUAUCGAGCCCGCAGCAGCCGCCGCCACCCGCCGGCACCACGGUUGUUGCGAACAAUGUGAGCAAUAGUAACAGUACCGCAGCUAAUGCACAUGCCACAACAGUUAACAACAGCAGUGCCAACAGUACCAACGCUGCCAGCAACACGCCCGGGGUCACACCGGCCGUUAACAGCAACAGUACAAAUGCAGCAAAUCCAAGCUUACCGCCGUCGCAGCAAGACGAACCGAAUGGCACGGUCGUCGUCAGCAACAACAAUGGCACGGCAGCACCACUGCAAGCAACCGGAAACGGAGAAAUACCGCACCAUGCACCACCACUGCAGCAAAUUCGCCAAAGCUCCAAGGAAAGCACGGGAUCGUCGGAUACGGAUAGCUCGAGCGAUGACGAGUCCAUGCCCGGCACCGUGGUCGGCCCGAUCGGUGCGAGCGAGGCGGACAAGGUGCCCCAAACCAAAGAGACUGAAGCGGGCGCGGAAAUAUCCGCCCUCGUCAACUACGUGCAGCCGGUGCACUUCAGUAGCUUCGAAAAUUCGGAAAAAAAGGCACGCUUCUACGAGAUGUCGUCGUUUGAUGAGAAGCAGGCAACCACGCUGCUGAAGGAGCGUCCCAUCGAGUUUGUCAACUACAACAAGCAUCAGCUUUCGCGCGUCUACCCAGCCGGUACACGCUUCGACAGUUCCAAUUUUAUGCCCCAGCUUUUCUGGAACGCUGGAUGUCAGCUGGUGGCUUUAAACUACCAAACGCUUGACCUGGCGAUGCAGCUCAAUCUUGGCAUCUUCGAGUACAACCACCGGUGCGGGUACAUACUGAAGCCGGAGUUUAUGCGCCGCAAGGACCGACGGUUGGACCCGUUCGCCGAGAGUACGGUCGACGGUAUUAUUGCGGGCACGGUCAUGGUGACGGUGAUAUCGGGCCAGUUCCUCACCGACAAGAAGGUGGGCACGUACGUGGAGGUGGACAUGUUUGGGUUGCCGGCCGAUACGGUGCGCAAAAAAUUUCGCACCAAAAUCGUGCGCGACAAUGGCAUCAAUCCGGUGUACGACGAGGAACCGUUCGUGUUUAAGAAGGUCGUCCUGCCGGAGCUGGCCAGCAUACGGAUAGCGGCGUACGAGGAGGGUGGCAAGCUGAUCGGCCAUCGGGUGCUGCCGGUGAUAGGGCUGUGCCCGGGCUACCGCCAUCUGACGCUGCGUACCGAGGUGGGGCAACCGAUACCGCUGGCCACGCUCUUCCUGUGCAUCGUGGUGAAAGAUUACGUGCCGGACGGGCUGUCCGACUUUGCCGAAGCGCUUGCCAAUCCGAUCAAGUAUCAGAGCGAGCAGGAGAAGCGCUCCAAGCAGCUGGCCGUGCUGCAGGAGGACAUGGAACCGUCGGAUGAGGACUCGUUUGUCGUUGUGUCCUUAGGUACGAACAAAAAGGGUGACACGCUCCGGUCGAGCGAAACCAACAACACGACCAGCAGCCCGGCGAGGCAACGGUCCGUCGCUGGCACGCAAUCGUCGCAGGGCGGUGCCGGUGGUACGGCGGACAGCGAUGCGGAAGCACCGCUGGAAGCGAUCACCAAGAUGGUUGCCCUGCCCGUUGCACAAUCAUCAUCGCUUGACCAUUCGAACGUUCCCGCAGCCAAACUCUCCACCACCUCGCGAGAACCGACUACUACUGGUGGUGGUGGUGGUGGCUCUGGUGCACCAAUCAUUACCACUACCACCAACACGCCGAACGUGGCCACCGGUGAGGGGCUGAAUGCCGCGAACGGGGGCAAGAUAGUGGCCGAUCCGUUGGAGAAAAUUUUCGAAGACAAGCAGAUCCGCAAGAAGCGGGAAGCGCUGGAGAAGGAGCUGAAGGCGCUGAAGAAGAGCCACGACAAGGAGAAGCUGAAGAUACAUGCGGCUCAGAAGAGUACGGAUCUCGGCGGUGGUGAUGCACCGGUCAAGAAGUCCAAGUUCGGCAUGGGCAACAAGCUGGUGAAGCGCUUCAGCAGCAAAAACAUGGCGGACAUGAACGUGAAGGUACCGCCGUGUGCGUCCGUGUCGGACGCGGAGGGUACGGGCGAUGCGCAGGCGGAACGGUUGCGGCAGAUUUGUCGCGACCAUGCUGGUAGCUAUCGGGAGGUGCUGGAGAAGUAUCACGACAUCAUCUACACGCUGGCGGAGGAUCUGCUGCGCCAGUCGCAGGAUGCGCAGAUGAAGCAGCUGAAGACACAACUGGAGCGAGAAACGAGUGAGGUGAUGCGGCAGCUGCAACUAUCGCGCAAAAGCGAGGUGAAACAACUGGCAAUGGUGCACAAAGAUAAAGAUGAGCUGGAGAGAAUGAAACGAGAGGUUGACUCAACGCUCGUAGAAAAGGGCGUCACAGAGCGGGUCAGACUAACGGCCACCUACGAACGGAAGCGCGACGAGCUGCAGCGACAACACGAUUCCGUGAAGCAAGGACUGGAAGACCACAAGCUGAAGGCCCGCUCGAUGCUGGAAAAGGAAGCGGAAUCGCAUGCCUUCAUUUCGGACACAUUCCUAGCGCACCUGAACACCAGCAACAGCACCACGAGCUGUUCGUCGGUCGGUGCCACCACUAACCAUCCGCCGGCGACGUCCGUCUCGAGCGGAAACAUUUGCGGUGCCGGUGGAACGGCCGGCAGCACCCACGAGAACAACGUUAACAAUGCUCACGCAUAACCGCCCGUCGGCAAGGGCGAUGGCGCAGGAGCGAAACCGAACUGAGCUUAUCGCAUCGGGGUAUGAGGGUCUGCGGACCAUGCCGGCCCUCCCGACAGCCACGAAGAGCUGGCAUAUUUGUGAACUGCAAAAAGGUUUGCUAGUGGUACAUUUCGUCGAGUCACAGACAGCGGCAGCACAACAACUUACUUUUAUAGCAAGCAACUUAUUGGCCUAAUUACUGUUAUCGUAUUUGCUGGCGUAUCGACGGUCGGCGAUAUCUUAUCGGCCGAAUCGUUGGGCGCCCAAUCGUUUGUGCCACACACUCCCCUUUUCCUCCCGCGACUCUAGACUCCUCUAGUAGCCGUGUUAGUAGCUUAGGUAUAGGUUAGCUUCUUUUAGAUCCCUAGACGCGCACGGGGAAAUGGUACUCGUACUCGUUUACUCAAUGUCGAAUCUCACAGGUGGGGGAAAACCCCGCGAGCAAAGGCAUUUUUCCAGGAGCACAUAAUACUUUUUAAUGGACGGCAAGCCGAGCAAGCGUUGAACGUUAGCUCAGCAGCCUUUCAAUGUUGUGUGUUUGUGUUGUUUCAAUUCAAACCUCGAAUUAUUAGGUUAGAUUAUUAGAUCAGCAGGUGUAGCAAUUGGUGGAGCGGGAAUGGGGUAGAGUAGCAAACAGAAAACUAGAAAUCGGUACAAAACAAGCAAUCGAACGGGCGCGCCAGGUUCGGGGUAAAUGGGAGAAUUUUGGAAUUGGAGUUAACAGAUCGGUGCGAAUGGUGGCAAAAGUGAAAGCAAGCUCUCAUUCAUCCAUUUACUCACCACUCACCGGAACUUGACGGGUCAUCUGAAAGGGUAUUAUUAGAAAACGACGCUGUGCGGUAGUAAAUUCUCGAAACUAGUAGCAUGUGUUACCAACACGGUUGUUUAGUGGUGGUUUUUGGCAAAUUGUCGAUAGGGGCAUAAGGCGCACUUCAAAAGUGCACUCAGCGACCGCUGAUUGAAGCGGCGCUUAUGCAGUAGAUUGUGCAAUCUUAUCGUUUAAGGACGCAAUCAAAGAUUUCGUAAAAAGGAGAUAAAUCUCUAAGGGGUAAAGGUGGUAAACAGAUAAGGAAAGAUUCUCGAUUUAAAAUCAAAGCUUUGAGGAGGAGGAUCGAACAGAACUGUUCAAUGCUGUGCAGCACACGUUUUACUUAACUGUCAACAUGAAUUUUCACUCUAAGUGCAAGAACUCACCAACGGUGAGAAACUUAAACAAAACAAAGCGUGCCAGAGAACAUGCUUGUAUGUAGCCAUAGUUUGUACUACUUCGUUACACUCAAGGGCAUGUGUUGCUUGUGCGCGCUCUGCUUCGUACAAAACUGUUCGUUAUCUUGCUGGUUUCACUACCUUUGCACUACUCUCACGUCACACUCACCCGUGCUCGAAUAAGUUAACAGCGGACAACCUGCAACGAUGAGCGGUGUACUAAGAGAAAAACAAAUGGUACAGCUUUAAAGCGCAUACAUACACCGAUAGAGGAACGUCAAGAUUUGGAAAGCAUUCCGUUACGCAAACUCACGUAAGCGUGCAAAGCGUCAGUAACUGUAAGCUGUAAAUGCACACGUACUACUAAUACUACUACUAUUACUACUACUCACUACUAUCAUACGCAGUGGAAUUUCGCGCAGCCAUAAUGCACUUACAUACCGUACAUAUAUGCAUUAAACAGAUACAUGUUAACAGUAACUGAACACCCAGACCCAGUAUAGUAGUAUCACAGUAUCAUCACACACCCUGC